CACUUCGUCGUUGGUAAAAAAAAACUCCAGAACGAAAACUGACGGAUGGUGAAUAAUCUCUGCGUCAGCGAUAGACGAGAAAAAAAAGUGAAAAUUCAUUAAAAUUUUCCAAUAGAAAAUCGAUUUUGCCAGCGGAAAGUGUGUGGUUUUGUGUUUAAAUAUCUAGUAAAUCGGGGUAAUAUUGUGCGUUGCGUGUCGUGGAAGUGUUUAAUUUGCGUUUUCGUCGUCUCGUCGGGAGAGCUCGGAAGAAGAAGGAGCAGGAUGUGGUCUUUCUUCUCGCGGGACUCGGCCAAAGAUUUCCCGUACGAAAUCGGAGAACCCGUGCCGCAGUUUGAUUCGCGAAGCAUCUGGUCCCUGCACCGUGGCAAACGGAAAGGAACUAAUGGCGAAGAGGUGUCGGUGUUUGUGUACGACAUCAAGAAUGGGACCGAUGUCAAGCUGGAACUGGCCAGGGCCGCCGUGAAGCGCCUGAAAACGCUGCGCCAUCCGAGUAUUUUGCAGUUUUUGGACAGCCUCGAAACGGACAAAGUGCUGUACGUGGCAACGGAGCAGGUGGAACCAUUGGGGACGCACUUUGAGAAGCAAGCAGGAGAAGGACCCCAGCGGGAUCUGUAUUUGGCGUGGGGAAUUUUCCAAAUUACGCGUGCACUGUCCUUUCUCAACAACGAUGGCAACCUUCGGCACAACAACGUUUCGGCGUGGUCCGUGCUGGUCAACGCGAGCGGCGAAUGGAAACUGGGCGGGCUAGAGUACGUCUCCUCGACGGACGCUUCGGCGGCGCCACCCAUCAAAAUACCUCCGGCCCUGGAGAUCUACGACCCGCCGGAGAAGAACGAUGCCAACAAGCUGAAAAGCAUGACCAAGUGCUCCACCGACAUGUGGGGCCUUGGUUGCCUCGUGUGGGAAGCCUUCAACGGUCCCUUGCGAUCCCGCAGCAACCUGAAAGAUCUGGCCAGCAUUCCCAAAUCACUGGCGCCACUGUACUGUGAACUGGUCGGGGCAUCGCCGGCAAGUAGACCAAAUCCGGCCGACGUCAUCACCAAGUGUCGCAAGCCGGGAGGAUUCUUCAAAAAUGACCUAGUCGAUACGUUGCUCUUCCUAGAGGAAAUCCAGAUCAAAGACAAAGCGGAGAAGAACCGGUUCUUCAGCGCACUAACGCCACAGUUGGAUAACUUUCCGGAUAAUGUGUGCAAGAAUAAAAUUCUUCCUCAGCUCAUAACGGCCUACGAAUAUGGAGAUGCGGGUUCAGCGGUGCUUGCUCCCAUGUUCAAACUCGGACGGUUACUGGACGAAGCCGAGUACCAGAAGCGGAUUGUGCCAUGCGUUGUCAAGUUGUUUGCAUCGACGGAUCGUGUGACGCGAUCGCGGCUCCUGCAACAGCUCGAACUGUUCAUCAAUCACCUGCAGACGGGGGUGGUCAACGAUCAGAUCUUCCCCCAGAUUGCGCACGGUUUUCUGGACACCAACCCGACCAUCAGGGAGCAGACCGUUAAGUCAAUCAUCCACCUGGCGCCAAAACUGAACUACAACAACUUGAACGUAGAAGUGCUACGACAUUUUGCGCGGUUACAAUCACGGGACGAUCAGGGAGGCAUACGUACCAACACCACGGUUUGCUUGGGCAAAAUCGCGCCACAUUUGCACCCGCAGGUCCGACAACGGGUGCUGGUGUCGGCGUUCAUCCGGGCGAUGCGCGAUCCGUUCCCGCCGGCUCGGGUAGCGGGAAUCCUGGCCCUGGCCGCCACCCAGCAGUACUUCCUGCUGAACGAAGUUGCCAACCGGAUUUUGCCGGCCCUGUGCCCGCUGACGGCCGAUCCGGAGAAGACUGUUCGCGAUCCGGCGUUCAAAACGAUACGGGGCUUCCUCGGCAAGCUGGAGAAGGUCAGCGAAGACCCCAGCCUUCGGGAGAGCAUGGAGGCGGACGUUCACACGGCAACGCCCUCGCUGGGCAAUGCCGCGGCCACGUGGGCUGGCUGGGCGGUGACAGCCGUCACGGCCAAGUUCUACCGAAGUCAAAGUGAUACGGCGCGACCGCGGCCACCACUAACCGGUAAAAAUUUGAGUAAACCUGCUUCGCUGGAACAACCUUCGAGUAGUAGCAUUUCAACGACAACCAGCAGCGUCACGUCGAUGACAUCGCUGGAGCACGAGAGCGCAGACACAUCGGCGUCGGCCAGUGACUACGGUCCGGAUAACUGGGACCAGGAGAACUGGGGAGACAUGGAUACAUCGCAAGACCCUAGCAGUCCGAUGGCCGGUACAUCGAAUCCGCUUACCACUAGUCUUAAUAUGAUCGGCACUGUUAACGACACCCGGGACGGUUGGGACAACGAAGAUUGGGGCAGUUUAGAGGAAGUGCCGAACGAAGAUCUGGACGAGAAGGAUGAAGACGACCACAUGCGAACACCACUACAGCAGUCGAGGACGCCCAAUCAGCCAUCCACGGCAAACGCGUCCCCUGCGACCAAUUCCAGCAGAGCUGCCUCCACGUCUGCCGCUUCCUCUGCCCUGUCCAGUAGCAGUAACAACACCAACAACAACCUACCAAACCACCAUGCCACCAGCAGUCCGAGCAAGAUGCUAGCCCUGAAGAAUAUGACCAACAUUAUCAACAGCGCCACGACCAACAACUCCAACUCCAACUGGGGCACCACCGGAGACGGUUGGAACGACGGGGACUUUGAACCGAUCGACGAACCCAACACAGGCAAUUCCAAGCUGGACGAAGCCCGGCGGAAGCGCGAGGAGAAGAAAAUGCAACGUCAACGGGAACUGGAAGCGCGGCGGGCUGCACGGAGUGCCGGCGGGGCUGGCGGUCCAAGCAGCGGCCCAAUGAAGUUGGGCGCCAAAAAGAUCCAGCUCGACUGAGUAAGCGAAACCGGCGGUGACGACGAGGAGGAACAGCGAGCGUAAGUGUUGGGAGGGACGGAGGGAUGAGCGUGGAGAACACGUUAUACGUUAUUAUUGGAAUUUGUCACUGUCGGAGAGUACUCCGGAGACCGGGAGUAUUUCUACACGAAAGAAAAAAAAACUUACAAUAUAUAUGAUACCUAUUGGAGAUUAAAAAAAACGGAAGAUCUGUAUGGUGCAAUCAACGUCUUUUACCGACCGCCUUUUGGAAAGUCACCUCCGCGGAGCGUGGCGACAUUUUCGAGAUUUGGACGAUUAAUAGAGGAACUCACAUUCCAUCACUUUCAUCACCGAGCGACCAGAGAAGGGAAAAUCGAAAAGAAGUGUUGUAGGAGCAAAUGAAAAACAGGGUUUGAAAGGAGUAAGAUUUUUUCGCACCUAUCGAAGGGCAUUGUCAUUUAUCUUGUAUUAGCUUUAACUAGAGAAUUAUACGAAUUUAGAGACUUUUUUCCUAAAUCAGCAGCCACAGAGUAGCACGGGAAGAGAUCAAGAUCGUCAGUCGCCGGCAUCGCGAGUCGCAAAUCGUGUACCUACAAUACCUAAAAAAAAACUAUUAAUAUGUGUGUGUGACGCCAUGGCUUUCCCUUAAUCUACGAGGAGGACAACUUUGAACUUAGAUGGACGGAUUUGAUCGUAGAGAGUCAAAUCUGAGGUGACCCAACCAAACACACACAUUUAAUUUGACUUCUAUUAUAGAUAGGUAUGAAUCAUAAUUACCAAUAGAUAGUGAGAAAUUUAUUACAACUAACUGCACCUUAAUAGAGUUUAAAAGUCGCACAGACUCAUACACAUUUACGCACGCGAGCACAUCUCCAAAAACCAUGCGAACCAACCACUAGCCUAUUCUGCAGCAAUUACAAAAACUCUGCCCUGAAGUCGAAAAGUCGUGUAAAAUUUUGUCAUUGUUACAUAUUGUAACGGUUCAACGAGAUUCCGAUUUGUUUGAUUGCCUAGCACAAUGUCGCGGACGUUUUUUUGUUCAGUGAUGUAUUUCGUAUGCCUGAUUCUCUCUUUUGUAUGUGUAGGCUAAAACCGAGAAAAAUAUUGUUGCAACUUCAAUAUAAACUCCUGACUUUGAUGCAAACUCUAAAGCUCCAAAACUUUCCAUUUUUUCGUUUUUGUGUCUUGAUAUGAAAAAAACGCAUAUUUUUUAGAGUGUACAUCGAUCUCUCAUAGACUAGCGGAAGAGCUUCAC